AAGCCCCUCAAGCACAACGUCCACACCAAAUUCAACUAUUACAAGGACCCUGGCGAUGGUUCUGCUCCUGCCCCAUAUGUUAUUGGUCGUCCAGAGACCUUGAUUGAGCGCCCUCGUGUUGAGAUCGACGCAGUCGUCACCGAUAUUACGGGCGACGAGAGCAAGUACACGCUUGAUAGUCACGGAUUUCAGCUUUACCGGCACGAAAGCAAAGAGAAGGAUUUUUCCGACGAUGACAAGAUCAAGGCCGAAUACUACCCGGAAGUCGAGCAGCUGCUGAAGGAUGCGACCGGAGCCCAUCGCGUCUACAUCUUUGACCACACAAUUCGCCGCGGUAGCCAGGAUAACCGUGCUCCUGACGCCGGAUUCCGUGGUCCCGUACGCAGCGUCCACGUUGACCAAUCGUACGAGGCAUCUCGACAAAGGGUGCGCUAUCACUUGCCGGACGAGGCGGAUGAGCUCCUUGGUAAACGGUUUCAAAUCAUCAAUGUCUGGCGUCCAAUCAAGACCAUCUUCCGCGACCCUCUGGGCGUGGCUGAUGCUCAUUCGGUUCCGGACUCAGACCUGAUUGGUGCUGCUCUUAUCUACCCUGAUCGAGCCGGUGAGACAUAUGUGGUGAAGCCCAACUCAUCCCACAAGUGGUACUUCAAAUACGCGCAGACCCCUGAGGAGGUUACUUUGAUCAAGUGCUUCGAUACCGAGGAGGGGGUCGCAAGAAGGGUGCCGCACUCUUCGUUCAUUGACCCAGAUGAGGAAGAUAAGGCACCAAGGGAGAGCAUCGAGGUUCGGACUUUGGUCUUUUAUGAUUAG